AUGAGUUGCACAAUUGAGAAGGCACUUGCUGAUGCCAAAGCUCUUGUUGAAAGACUGAGAGAUCAUGAUGAUGCAGCAGAAUCUCUCAUUGAACAAACCACAGCUCUCAAUAAGCGAGUAGAAGCAAUGAAGCAGUACCAGGAAGAAAUUCAAGAACUUAAUGAAGUUGCAAGACACCGACCACGGUCCACAUUAGUUAUGGGAAUCCAGCAAGAAAACAGACAAAUCAGAGAAUUACAACAAGAGAACAAAGAAUUACGUACAUCCCUGGAAGAACAUCAGUCUGCUUUGGAACUUAUAAUGAGCAAAUACCGAGAACAAAUGUUUAGACUACUAAUGGCCAGCAAAAAAGAUGAUCCAGGUAUAAUACUGAAGCUAAAAGAGCAGCACUCCAAGAUUGACAUGGUACAUCGUAACGUCUCCGAAGGAUUCUUCCUUGAUACAUCUCGACCCAUCCUUGAAGCACCUCAACACGGACUGGAGUGGAGGCACUUGGAAGCAAAUCAGAAUGAAUUACAAGCGCAUGUUGACCAAAUAACUGAAAUGGCAGCAGUAAUGAGGAAAGCCAUUGAAAUUGAUGAGCAACAGGGUUGCAAGGAACAAGAACGAAUAUUCCAACUUGAACAAGAAAACAAAGGUUUGAGAGAAGUCCUUCAAAUAACUCGAGAAUCAUUUUUGAACCUUAGGAAAGAUGAUACAUCGGAAAGUACGUCUUUGUCAGCAUUAGUGACCAAUAGUGACCUGAGUCUAAGGAAGAGCUGA